AUGCUUUGUACAAAUGGACGAGAUUUGAGGAAAAUUUCUCUGUACAGUAGAUACAAGGAGAAGGUGUUACCGUGCUUUGAACAGCUACUUCCGUUUAUUGUCAAACUAAUAUGUCCGCAUAGACCCUGGCCAGACAGACAGCGGGGAUUGUGCAUCUUGGAUGAUGUCAUCAAGCACUGUAGUCCAUCUUCGUCUAAAUAUGCAGAGUAUUUCUUACAGCCGAUGCUGCAGUAUGUGUGUGACAACAGCCAGGAGGUCCAGCAGGCGGCCGCGUAUGGCCUCGGUGUCAUGGCGCAGUAUGGUGGCGAGAACUACAGGCCUUUCUGCACAGAAGCCCUCCCGCUGCUGGUAAGAGUCAUUCAGUCCACUGUUUCAGAGACCAAAGAAAACAUCAAUGCUAGAGAAAACUGUAUUUCAGCAUUCGGGACAAUUAUGAAGUUCAAGCCCGACUGUGUGAACGUGGGGAAGGUCCUGCCCCAAUGGUUCUCUUGGAUCCAGCUGCACGAGGACAAGGAGGAAGCUUUCCAGACCUUCAGCUACCUGUGCGACCUCUUGGAGGUCAAUCACCCCAUCGUCAUUGGCCCUAGCAAUACCAACCUGCCCAAGAUAUUCAGCAUCAUCGCAGAGGGAGAUUGCAUGAGGCCAUUAAACACGAAGACCCCUUGGAAACGCCUGGUUUACGUGGUUCGCCAAGUUGAGACUUCUGGAAGACUAUGGACAGAGUGCGUGGGCCAGCUCAGCCCCGAGCAGCAGGACGCUAUCCGGGAGCUCCUGAAGUCCGCUUGA